AUGUGCACCGUCCACGCUGUGGAAAUAUUGAAAGUUUUGAAUCACGCCUCCGACGUGGCCUUCACCGGUGGUGUAAUCCAUAUCAUUGACCGCCUGCUGGUCAUCCCCGAGAGUGCCAGCAACACUCUAUCUGCAGCCAACCUCACCUCCCUGCGCGGAGCCCUCAACGCAACUCAGCUCGUCGAGACUGUCGACACCACCCCCAACGUAACCAUCUUUGCUCCUAGCAACGAGGCAAUCCAGAACGUCUUCUCUGCCUUUGCCAACCUUACUACUGAGCAAAUCACCGACGUCCUUACAUACCAUGUUGUCUCCGGUCUCGGCUAUUCCUCUGGAUUGGAGAACGGCACUGAGCUCACCACUCUCAACGGCGAGUCCCUGACCGUCACCAUUGGCGAGGGCGGUGUCUUUGUGAACAACGCCCGCGUGAUCGUCUCUGACGUUCUGAUUGCCAAUGGUGUCGUUCACGUCAUUGACGAGGUCCUGAACCCCACCAACAAGACUCUUGCCGACACUGGUGCUGAUGAAGGCGAGUCUGCCUUCGAGGGUGCCACACCUGCUUCCGACGUCCCCUUCACGUCUGGCCAGCCUACUCCCACCGCCACCAUUGGCUCCGAGGCGACUGAGGCUGCCGACCCUACCGCGACCCCAGCCCCAUCCGACAGCGCUGCUGGUGCUGCCCCCAUGCAGACAGGCGCUAUUGGUAUGGGCGUCCUUUUCGGUGCUGCCGCCGUUUUCUUGAUGUAG